AUGCUUAAGGCUGUGUGGGAGCUCAUAGAAGUUUUCUAUGUGGACAGAAGCGCGACAUGGUGGCUUCCGGAGCGUCUUGUAGACUGGCUAGCGAAGUAUGACAAAGUCCUCUUGAUUGAUGAGGACACUGUACAUUCCAAGGUAGUGUCGUUCCAGCGGAAGCUUUCCGAGAUUCAAUUUCCCGAAGACGAUGCAGCUUACUGGGAUGCAAUGGCCUCGGCCUUGUCAGUCGGAUGGCUUGACGUUGUUAUAGCGUUCUUGCGGAUGCAUGGAUCAUAUCGAUUGGAUCAGCUUGAUGACCGGCAGACUGAAAAUGGCCUCGUAGAAGCAGUUACACUGCUCAUUAUGCAAAUGCCGCGGCUGCGCCCGAGGCUCCCUGAUGGAAGUCCUGGUGUUGCUAUAGGUUUUAAGCCUGACUUUUCUAAGGCGAGGGAAAAAUGGCGAAGUCAGGUUUCCAAGCUUGAAAAUAGUGUGUUUUGGGCGGAAUGCAACCACCGUGGGACGCUUCUUGGUCUUAAGAAGCUAAUACAGGUGCUAUUGGGAAACGUUGAUGUUCUACAGCUCUCUACGUUUCACUGGAUGGAGCUGCUGGUGGCGCAUUUCCUACAUCUGAUACCUUUUUCUUUGGUCUUAGAUGGAAUGCGUAGCAUAGCUUCCAAGUGCAAAGGAUUGAAAAGUUCUGGGGACGAAGACCUUCAAGAACUUUUAUCUGCAAUUAUCAGCAACGACACCGAGGUAAAUGCUCUUCCCAGUACUAUACAGAUACUCUUUGCGAAGUGUACGAAGGUUUUCAAUGCCUGGAUGAUGGCGCAUGUUGAUGAUCUCCUGAUAGCAAAAGGGGAGGACGUUCGAUCUCUUCUUGAAGAAGACAGGCAAACUCUAGGCGGCUUGAGCUUGAAAGAACUCCAUCGUUUGGUUUAUUCUCAAGUACUGUCUUCGCACAGCUUAACCUGGCAGCUAGCACCUGUUUACCUCGCGGCUUGCCCAAAGCAAGGCCUGGGAAUGCUUGAAGCUCUCCUAAUGAAGCAGAGUUGUUCCAAUCAGAAACUGGCAUUGAAGGCACUAGAGAUAUGCCGCCUCUAUGAACCUGAUACCGUGAGCACAGCCAUCGCCAGGGUUUAGUAUCCUCU